AUGUCUUCACUCGCAGAGUCAAAGGUAGACGUCCUCGUCAUCGGAGCCGGCCCGGCAGGGCUGAUGAUGGCGACGUGGCUCGCCAAAAGUGGUGUCGACGCACGCAUCGUGGACAAGCGCGGCACAAAAAUCUUCAACGGCCAGGCAGACGGUCUGCAGUGCCGCACAUUGGAGAUUUUCGACUCCCUGGGGUUUGCACACCGCGCGUGGCGCGAGUCCAACCACCUGUUGGAAAUAUGCCUGUGGAAUCCCGACCCAGACGGCCAGAUUCGCCGGAGCGGCCGCAUCCCGGACACGAUCCCCGGAAUCAGCCGGUUCCAGCAAGUAGUGCUGCAUCAAGGCCGGAUCGAGAGGUUUUUCCUCGACGCCAUUGAAGAGUGUAGCGACAUCAGGGUCGAGAGGGGCGUGAUGCCAAGCAGCCUCGAUAUCGACGAGUCCCGGGUUGAAGACGACGAUGCGUACCCCGUCACGGUCAAGUUGCGCCAUCUUUCAGAAGAGGAGGCGACGCCGAAACAGGCCGCGAGCUCUGCAAACGGCGGCGCAGCGGUCCAGGAUGGUCUUUUCCGCAGUAACCUGGCCAAGGACGACGCCGAGGACCUCUUGGGCGCCGCGGCAAGGCUCAACGGCAAGGCCAACACGGAAGAGGUCGUCCACGCCAAGUAUGUGCUGGGCGCGGAUGGCGCACACUCGUGGACGCGGCGCCAGAUUGGUCUCGGGCUGGAGGGCGACUCGACCGACUACAUUUGGGGCGUGUUGGACAUGGUGCCCAUUACCGACUUCCCGGAUAUACGCAUGCGCUGUGCCAUCCACUCGGCCAACUCGGGGAGCAUCAUGGUCAUUCCCCGCGAGAACAAGCUGGUCAGGCUCUACAUUCAGCUCACGACGACGGAGAGGGUCGGCGACGAGCCGACCAAGGCAGACCGCUCCAAGAUUAGCCCGCGGGUGAUUCUGGAGGCGGCGCAGCGCAUCAUGGCUCCGUACACAAUCUCCUAUCAAAAGUUGGACUGGUGGACUGCGUAUCAAAUUGGACAACGAGUCGCCACCUCCUUUUCCGUCCACGACCGCGUAUUCCUGGCUGGAGACGCGGUACAUACACACAGCCCCAAGGCAGGUCAGGGCAUGAACGUCAGCAUGCAAGAUUCUUUCAAUCUCGGAUGGAAAAUGGCCAGUGUCGUCAAGGGCCAGUCAAGCAGACGCAUCCUCAAAACAUACGAGUCUGAACGGCGCCGGGUUGCGCAGGACCUCAUCGCAUUCGACCGCAAGUUUUCCAGACUCUUUUCGGGACGACCGGCAAAGGACGUCAUGGACAAAGAGGGCAUCAGCAUGGAAGAGUUUAAAGACGCCUUUGAACAGGGCCACAUGUUUGCGAGCGGCAUAGCGGUCAACUACGGCAACAGCGUCGUGGUUGCCAAGGACAGUGGUGGAAACGGCGGGCAAGACGGCCGAAACGGCACGGCCCCCCCUGUUGCACGGAGAGUAGUCUCUGACCCGUCUGCUGCUGCAAAUGUCAUUGUCGGCAAGCGAAUCCCCAGUGUAAAGGUGCUGAACCAGUCCGACGCCCGGCCGUGGCACCUGCACGAGCUUUUGCCCAGCAAUGGGCGCUGGCGCGUUCUUGUUUUCCCCGGCGACGUCACAAAGGAUGAGCAGCGGCAGAGGCUCACGCAGGUCGCUGCUGCAUUUGACGACAAGAAAUCAUUCCUCCAGAGGCACACGCCCAUCGGGGCGCGGCACGACAGCGUCUUUGAGGUCCUCACGAUACACCGGGCGCCGCGAACCAGCGUCACCAUUUUCGACUUUCCCCGAGUCUUGCGGCCGUACGACGAAACCGAGGGCUGGAGCUAUGACAAGAUCUUUGUAGAUGACGUUUCGUAUCACGAGGGACAUGGAGAGAUGUACCAGGCGUUUGGCAUCGCUCCGGACGGCUGCGUCAUUAUUGUCCGGCCGGACCAACAUGUAUCCUACGUUGGGCCACUGGAUAACCCCGCGGCGGUGAAUGACUUUUUCGCCAAUUUUAUGACUGUGCAGACCUGA